AACGUCAAACUUAUACUGCUCUCGGGAAUGCAAUCACGGGCAAUACGAGUAGGAUUAUUGGUAAUUGCAGUGAAAUACACAGUGUGGAGUUAUUUUAUGUUACGUUAUUAUAAAUCCAAAGAAAACGACAAAAAAUCACCUAAACAAUGAAUUGUCUAUUAUGAUGGAACAUUAAAAUUUCCUGCAAUGUGAAACUGUACAAGUGAUAUAAGAAUAAAAAUUUCAAUUUGUGUGCAUCUGCGUAUGACGCACAACAAACAUUUUCUCCCAACAAAUCUAAUCAAUGUGAAAUGAAAUCUUAAUUCAAGAGAAAUUAAAGGAAAAUGUACGGCGAGGGCUUAGAAUCAGUGUCUGAAGGAUGGCGACAAUUAAGAGAUUUAAGUACUACGACAGAUCCAAAUAUUAGUUCAACAGUGCAUGAAAAGGAGCAUUUUUGCAAAUUAAUCUUGUAUAAAGAAAUUCAAGAUUCAAGAGUACGAAUAUGGGACGUAACGAUUCUAAUUCCAAAUCUUCUGUUCCUUCUUUUCAUUGCCGUAAGAUUUAACAGAGCACGACUUAAAUUAAGAGCGACUAGUAGUCCAAUAUUCUUAGCAUUUUAUGGUCUUGUUAUUUGUAAUGUAGUGAUUUCAUUAAUUCGAUGCAUUGUUUCAAUGAGUGUUAAUGCAGCAGCAACAGUUGGUGGCAAAGCAGAUAAAGUACUAUGGGUCAUUGUCAGAUUUUUUCUACUCUCCACCGAAAUGAGUGUUGUUAUUUUUGGUUUAUUUUUUGGACAUUUAGAUAGUCGUUCAAGUAUUCGUAGAGUACUAUUGGCAACGUCUUUUAUAGCUCUAGCUUACACGAUAACUCAGGGUACUUUGGAAUUAGUUCUGCCAGACGAUAUGUUUUAUAUAAAUAGUAAAGAACUUUUUGUUUUUGGUCAUGGUGGAAUGAUGUUUUGGUUUUGCAGCAGUCUCGUCUUUACAACGAUAUACAUGUUCAUGCUAAUACUGCCGUUGACGCGACUGCGAGAACGAUUAGCCUUACCAAACAAAAGAAGUUUCUACGUUUACGUUGGGAUAUUGGCUUUUUUGAAUUUGGUACAGUCAAUAGGUGCAGGACUUUUAAAUUAUACUCAAAAUCUCGUUGGCCUCUGCGUGGUAGACGUCACUGCGAUAAUUUAUUUGACAGUCUUCACGCCUCUAGUUUAUCACACAUUUUUAUCCGAAUUUUUAGGAGUAUCGCAGCCAUCGCUUAUGUUUUCGUAUAAAGCGCAAGUUGACGAUGCAAUGGAGGAGGACACUGUUUCGCUGCCACAUCAACAAAGUUUCUCAUCGUUGAAGACUGACAGCGAUUACAUCUAUCAGAAUAACAGUGUUUAUGAUUCGACCCAAUUCAACACGAGUGCAACGCCAGUCAAUCCGCUUUAUGCAGCAUCCCUACAAAGUCCGGACAGCAUCACCGGCUAUAGUAUAGAUAGUCAAGAAACACACACUCAAACUAAUGGAUAUCAGCAGUGAGAAAAAAAAAAAGAAAUAAGGCUUCUUAGAAAAAAAAAAAAAAGAGAAAAUAACUUCUCCCUAACACGUUUUUUCCAAUAUUCAAUAUGGGUGACUAAUUUUAAUUUAUAUAAUCUAAAAAAAAAUUACAAAAACGUAAACAAAACCUGUUUUUGUCAGCGACAUGAAUGGUUGAGAAAAAAAAUAAUUCUGAAUACAUGUUUAUAAGGUAUCUUUCGACUAUCAGUGGGAACGGACAAAGAAUUGAAAUUAUCCAAAAAAAAAUGAAAAUGUAAUACAAAAUUCUCAAAAUGAGACUCUAAAAAUUCUUGAUAGAAUAACAAUAGCCAAUUUUUUUUUUUUUACAGACAACGUUCCCCCUGAUUUUGUGAAAUAUUUUUCUACUGUUUCAUGUAAUUUAUAUAAUAUGGAGGCAGUGAGAUCCCAUCGAAACCUUCUCUCUAGUCGUCAUUAUAGGUAUUCAAUUUUCCGGGGUGGUAUUUAUAUAUAUAUAUAUAUAUUAGAAAAUAAAUGAACACUAAGUGGAAUAACGAUGGAAAGUACAUUAAUAUAUAAUUAUUUAAGGUAAAUAAUUUAUAAUUUAUAAUACAAAAUAAACUUCAAAAAAUUGUCCUGAUAAAAAUUUUUCUCUUAAAUUAAUUAAUUUUUCGAUAAUAAAAAUAAAAAAAAAAUCUCCUUCUUUUUAAUUCACAAUUUUUAGAAUAAAAUUUUACGAUUCAAAAUCAGGACUUUUUGAAAGUAUAUAGUACUUUUCCACUUAUUUCAAAUGGCAAACGUUAAAGACAACGAUAAUGGACUUGGAAUUAUUAUUAUUACUUAUUGUAAUAAAAAAUGUUUAUUUUGAAUCGAGCUUUUGAAAUUAGAUUAUUAUAUAUAAUAAUUAUAAAUUAUAUAAAAUUAAUUAAUUUAAUUAAAAUAGAAAAAUCAGAAGGGGAGGAGAAAAAAUGUCAAAGGCUCAUCACUUCUGCGAAUUAAUUCGAUUUUAUCUUUUCCCUUUUGGAUAUUUUACGCAACGAGAGAAUGCGGUUUUCAAGCGACAGAUUUUGCCUGUAGCAAAAGGAGAAAGUGCAAGGAAAAACUUGUUACAAAUAACGUAUGUAUUUGAUCACAGAAUAUUCACUAAAAAAAGGUAUUUUUUUCAAAAUCAAAUUACCUAUUUCGGCAAUUUUUUUUCAAAACUGAAUAAAUCAUUCCAGUAUUUUUUCUCCUCAAGUUUAAGUAAAAACUUGUAAAAAAAAUAAUUUAAUAUAAUGGAAAUUUAAAAAAAAAAACAUAGAAGGCUGUAAUCAUUAUAAUGCUUUGACUGUGUUCCAAUUAAUUUAAAUCGCAAAAUCCUAAUAAACAAAUAGGAUGAUUUAAAACACCAUACCUUUGAAAUAUUUUUUGAAAAUCUAUUCUUUUCCAUUAUUUCUCACAUACAUUGUUAUUCUAUUUUUUUACUGUCACAAGUGUGCCAAAAAAAAAAAAAAAAAAAAAAUGAUUUUAAUAUUUUCCCAAUCAUCGCGUGUCGCAUUGAAUGAGUUCUUAAAAUUACGAUUACGAAAAUGAUUGAUAAAAUUGUUACCAACCUAUUUAUAUAAAAAUUGUCGAAAAAAAAAAAUAAUUCGUAAAUUGUUAUUUGUUUCGUGGAAUAACUAUAAUAGUUAAUAAUGAAAAUUAUCCUACGACGACUGUGCUUUUUCCAUCAAAAAUCCGUCCUAAAAAUUCUACCUUGUCCCAAAUAUACAAAAAAAAAAAGUGAUAAGAAAAAAAAAACUUGAAACGUCAAAAUUCGUUUCGAAAAUUUGGAACACAGUCUAUAAAUCAUGGGAUAGAAGAAGAAAAAUAUGCCGUAAAAUUAAACAAAAAAAAGACGGCUAAGCUCAUUUGUCACAAUGUGAUUUGGCUAAUUUAGAGAGAAAAAAAGUCAAUCUGUUUCAUUGAAAUUCAGAACAAGAUAAUUAUUUUAAAAAUUUAUUUCUUUUAUUAAUAAAAAAAUUUAAUUAUUAUUAAAUUAUAUUAUUUUUAAAAUAAUUCAAAUAUAUAUUAUUUAUAUUUUAUUUAUUUACAAAAAAAAAUUUCGUUUAAAAAACUAAUAAAAUUUUUUGGCAGUUAUUAUCAUAAAGGUGAAUAACCUAAUGACAAAAAAAUGUCUAUUUUGAAACAUCUAAUAAAUUAUCUCUUGUUCGGAAUUUUCAUGAUUGCAAAAAAAAAACAAAAUCUAUGGCAUAAAACCUGUGUCAAGAAUAGAUAUAUAAGUCUCGUAAUUGUAUUUAUCUCAAAAUAAUAAUUCAUCAAUCAUAAUGAAAUUCCAGCUAAACUAUAAUAUACAUAUAUAUAUUUUACCAAUAUAUAUCAAGAAGAAAAAAAAACCAAUCUUUUCAAGUGUUUCUAUAUCAAUAAUAAAAGAUUAUUAUCUUCUUGAAAUAAGAGGAACUGGCAAACUGCUAUUUUUUCGUAAUCCAGUCUAAGAAUUAUAAAACAAGAGAAAGAAAAUAAAAUCUAAAACAAAAAAAAGUCAGGAGAUGAACAUAAUACCUAUAUAUAUAUAUUUAGAGAUUUAAGCGAUUUUCAAUGCGAUAUAGCUAAUGAUUCGAACUCCAUCCAUGGUGUACAUAAGCAUAAAUAAUAAUAAUAAUAAUAAUAAUCGUAAUGUAAAGUCACAUGUUAUUUAUACGUGUAAAUUGUAUUGACACUCAUUUAAUAUGUAAGUUCACACAUUCCAUCGACUUUGUUUAAAAUCACUUUCAAGAAGCGAAGUCGAAAUCACAAGGCGUCUUUUUAGCGUCCGUCAAUUUGAUACUGAUAGAAAUUAAGACGAUUAUAUUAAAAAAAAAAAAAAAAAAAUAGUUAAGAAAUUAUGUCUCUCAUAAGACUUCGUUUCAAAAAUCAGAAUAAGAAUAAUAUUCUAAAAAAAAUCAGAAAAAAAUUAGCUAUUUUCAUUUUUAAAAAAUAAAUAAACUGAAAAAAUGAUAUUCUCAAUUUUGAGAAUAAUUCUGUGUUCCUAUUUAAGAUUAAUUUAAUUAUCAAGUCCAAAAAAUAUUCUCAAAUUAAGAAUAUCAUUUUUUUUUUUUUGAUAAAAUAUUUCUAAUUAAUAUUUGAGAUUUAAAGUUCUUUAAAAAACAAAAAAAAAAAAUUCAUUUUUAAUCCAUACUGAAAAAAAAUAAAGCAAUGUUGCUUUUGGCGUUACACAUUUGAAAACCGAAUAUAAAAUUAAAUAAAUUCAUUAAUAAGAAUGUCAACUAAAGAAAGAUAAAAGUUUAAAAAUAAAUUUUCUAGUUUUUUUUUUCAAAAUACUGAAGUUACAUUAAUUUUCUAAACUUCCAUUUGUUUAUCGUCAUGGACAGUAGGAAAAUAAUCUAAAAAUAAGAAUAAAUCAUUAGCACCUCUUUUAUUAUUUUCAGAAUAAUCUUAUUUCAAAAGUAGACUAAAAAAAAUAUUUAAAUUAAAAAUUUUAAAAUAAAUAUUAAUGAUUUAUUCUUAAUUUCAGAAUAUUCUUUUAUUUUUAAUUUUAUAUCUAUAUUUUACGAAAAAAAAACCAUUUCUUCGUUGUGAUCUUAUACUCAAACGUAUAUAAUAAAAAUAUAUAUGUUAAUUUGUGGUGAUAUCAGUAUUUUAGAAAAUUCUGCUUCUUAUGCAGCGACGCAUAAAAAAAAAAUAUAUGUGCAAAGAAUUUUUGAAAAAUUCGAAGAUUAAAUUUUUUUCACUCUUUCACUUGAAUUUUAAAAACAUAUUUAAAAACAAUAAAAAAUUUUAUCUACGAAUUUUUCAAUUUUUGCCCAUCGAAUUUCUUGUAUAUUUAAAAAAAAAAAAAAAAAAACUUGCUAUUUUUCAAAGCAAGGAUUGUGCUAGCGAUAUACAUAUAUAUAUAUAAUAUAUAUUUACAUAUUUUACAGUACCUAUGUAUACAAAAUUUGCGUAAAGAAAAUAAUAAAUCGUAAAUCGAAUAAA